UGGAAUUAGGCACAAGUCCCCUGUGAUGCCUAAAAUAGAUCAGUCCUGUAGAUCUGUUUUCCUGCACCCUGUUCCAUGUAAGCACUGCUUGGACUGUCUAUGGAGGAGAGGCUUUAUAACUGACCGUGUCUACUCUGCUCUCAGACAGGGAUCAAAGCUGGAUUCAGGAUUUAUGGACAUUUGGGAUGUCAUAGUUGCUGUAGGCCUAUUGUAUUUCUUGCCGUUUGUUAUUGUUCUUUUGUGUGUCCACUGGUGUGUGGCGUUUGGCUAGUAUUAUAGCUGCUGCUGCUGGACUGUUAUCUUAUCUGAGCUGCGAUGGAUCAGGGAGAUAAAUGUGUGUUAGGACCAUGGAGUGUCUGUUCAGUGUGUUUCCUUCAUGCUCUGUAUUGUUUCUGUGUAAUGCAAGCGCACUAGUUCUCUCUAGCAGGAGGUUGUUCAAUGGCCUGUUUUUCUUCCUAUGACAAAUAGUUAUACAAUAUUAGCAUAAUUGGUCAAAAGUAUUACAUAAUUCUUUAAAAAAUGACACAGAUUUCUUUUGACUAGUCCCAACACAGUUUUGAGAGAGAGAAAAUUCUGUACAAGAUAGAUUUGUGAGACAGAUGAGGUAACUCCCUUUAAUAUUAGUAAAGAAUAUUUUCUCCUCAGUAUGAUACGUAUUUUCAGACCGUAUGUGAACGUUGUGGUGCUGUGGAUCAGCGGGUGGUUGAAGUAUGCUUUAGAGAGGGUGUGGAGAUUGCCGUUCUCAGUGCCACACACCUGGGUGACAUCACCAGGCGACUCAGGUGAAGGACUGUAUGACAGGGUUUCAAAGGAGUGGCAAACCAAUGAGACGUAUCGUACCUAUCACCAUGGAGAUGGAAGUGGAAUCAUGGUUACAGUCCAGACCAGCACACAUGCCUUCCACGUAAGUUAACAGCUACUGUAUGUAAUCACAUCAUCCCUGUAUUGCCUUUAGAAAUAGUACACCUCACUUCUCCAUUAUUGAGUUUGUCUCAUCAGACAUACUUCAGAAUAUUUCCCUAACUUGACAUAAUGACAAAGAUAACCUUCCAUCUAUGUUUUUUUGUUCUUUCAUCUGGGUGUAUGAGGUGAACCUUGGUCGUCUGACUGACUGUAGUGAGUACUUCAGAGCCCUGUCCCAGUCCAGUAUGAGAGAGACCACAGAGAGCCUGAUUCUCCUGGACCACAUUCCCUCCUCAGUCUUCCAUUCCCUCCUGGAAUUCUGCUUCCGGAAUGACUUCAGCGUUCCCCAGGAGGAGCUGGGAGAACACAUCCAAGUGGGUGGAAGUCUUAUUCCCCAUAUAUCAUACUUUAUUUUCCACUCAUAUGGAAAUUAAUCUGUCCCAGGCCAGCACAUCACACAGAGCACCAGCAGUUUAUUGUUUGUAAUGUUGUAUGUAUGAUAACUCUAUUUCUCUCUCUGACUCUGGAGGUGGGCAGCUACCUGCUGGCUGAGGCCUUUGUGUCGCAGUGCCUGUUGGCCCUGUCUGGUGUUCUGACCCCAGACACCUGCCUGUCCUACCUGGCUCUGGCCCGGGACAUCUGCUGUACUGAGCUGGAGACGACUGUGUUCUCCUACCUCAGCAGACACCUGCUGGAGCUGCCUCACCUCACCAGGUACAGCAUGACAUUCCCCAAUACCUGACCUCAUUCAAUCAGACUACCUCAUGGGUUUCAAGUUCCACACCAAGCAAAUAAUCUUGAGUUGCAAGGAGUGAACUCUCCUUUCAAUUGAAAAUGGAUUAUUCUUUAUUGUGAAUGCAUGGCCAGGUGUCUGCCGGCUGAAGACAGGGCUGAACUGACCCGUCUGAGGUGGCAGGGUGAUCUCCGGCUCUGCUGCGUGAGGAAGGAAAACCUGACCUCCUGGAACGACCUAGAAACAGAAGCCGCCCGCCACCUCUUCACCCUGGAUGGGUCAGAGGUCACUGGUGACUGGCGUCCAAUAACAGAGCUCCCCUUCAUGGCUGAUAAGUGGUGCUUCACCGCAGUGGUUCUACUCAACUACCUCUACCUCAUCGGUGGCUACAGGCAGCGGGCCAAGAGGGGCUGGGAGUUCAAAAUGGCCUCCUUUAGGUACAACCCCUUCACCAACACCUGGGUCUCCACUGCUCCUCUCAUCAAGGUACAGGAAAGUCAUCCACCUCAUGAAAAUCAAUCAUGAUGCCUAAAUUGCCCCUUAGGGGAUUAGUAAAGUCAAUGAUAUUGUUAUAUAAGACUAAUAUUAAGUGUCUGUAUCUGUUGUCUCCCCAACAGCACAGGAGGCAUUUCAGUGCGGUGUCAUGUGAUGGCUGUAUCUAUGCUGUGGGAGGCUGGUACCUGGACUCUCUGGUGACUCCUGACUCCAGCACAGCCCUCUACACUGCUGUGGAGCGAUACCACCCCUGGGACAACACAUGGACGUAGGAUACGGCCCCUACCUGGAUGUGUAUUAUUAUGUUGCUACUAUGGCUGGCAAACGAUAAAAACAUUUCUACUUAAUCACGGUAUUUGCUGUUAUUAUUCACGAUUGAUCGCAAAUUCAGAAUUUGCUCAAAUUGAGCUGUAAUUGAAGAUUUGUUUUAUACAAAAAGCAUUACAAGAAUAUUGAUGUCUUGAUUUUGUCCAAGGUAACGGUAAGCAAAAUCAGGUACAUUGAUAGAGCACAUUUUCUUUAACCUCUAUGUCAACUUGUUUUGACAUCGCAUUGUUGUUUUUAGCUGUAUAGAUUAUGUAUUUAGGAUGUUUUCAGUGUAUUUUGAAUGCUUUCAGACAAUGCGAUUAAUCACAAUAAAAUAAAAUAAAUCCACUAAAGUUACAAGUUAACUAGAGUUCACUGAUUAACUCUGACAGCCCUAGUUGCUACUGUACCUCUUAGUCCAACCUAUAGGUGUGUGUGUGUGUUCUCUGCUGCAGGUUUGUCGCCUCUCUGCCUCUGACUGACUUACAGUUCACCAUGUCCCUGUCCCAUGACCUCCCUCUGGCCACCAGCCUGGGCCCCUGUCUCUAUGUCCUGGGGAACAUCCAGAGGACUGGAGAAAAGCUGCUACUACGGUAUGACCCCAGGCAAGGUAAAGCAGUCUCAAUCUUGAGUGGAGUUGUUCCUUGCAACCUUACAUGUUGGUCAAUUGCAGGCUGUAGUCAAAUCAAUAACAGCCUUUGAGCCCCUAACACACGCAUGCACGCACAUUCGCACGCACACACACAGAUAGACAUGCACACUCCUGUUUUCUCUCUCUUUCCCAGAUUUAUGGUCUGAGCUGCUCCCUACCCUAACCAAAGCCAACGCUGACCUCCCCAGCCUCUACUUCCUGGGCGCUACCGACCGGCUGUUUGUGAUUGGAGGAAACAACUCGGAGAAUGUGGUGACAUCAUUCUGUGUGGAGUCUGGGCAGUGGGGGCAGGUGAGACCACCACCUGAGCGUUCUCUUGAAUGAGAUGAAGUUGCUUUUAAUGCCAUAGGCCUACCUAUCUAAUCCUCCCGUAUCUGGUCCUAGGUGAAAGGGGCUGAGAAGGUGGCGUUAGCUGGACAGGGGACAGUGCUGGGUGACCAGGUGUACAUGCCAGGUAUAGAACACAACGCUGCUGUAAGGCUGGAUCUCCACUCCCUCUCUCUCACUGUCCUCCCUCCUCUACCCAUCUGCACUCGCUAUGAAGCCCUCUUUCACCUCUCCUUCUGACACAACUUUCAGGAAUCAGUGUGAUUUGCCUUGGCUUGCUCUUUCUGGGGUUCAGGCCAAGGUUUUUGUUUAGUGCUUCUGGACAAACGCAGACUCAUCAUCAAGGUGGAUCUUUGCUACAUGUGGACUUCACCAUUCUGUGUCAGCAACAAUAUGCCUUGCCCUGCUUUCACAGGGCCUUACAUGACAACUUUUUGAACUAAAGUAGGCCUUCUCUAAAAGAGGUAACUCACCGGACCGAUUGUCGGUCUGUACAGUAGGGGGCUGUUUGUUUGCCAUUCACUUGCUGUCGGCGUGGUGUCUGCCGGUGGGUGACUGACUCCUGUCAUUUUCUCAUGUUUCUACAUGUAGAAUCAGUUUGAGUUCGGUUUGCAAAUUACAGCCAACACUCUGUUCAGAGGUGCAAAGUACUCUCGCCAGCAGACGCUAGACAAUCCUACCGGUCUGGCAGUCUUUUAAAUCUUUACCCAGAGGAGAAUGGGCUCCCAGUCUCGUUUUCUUCUUAGUCAGGUUCCUUUUAAAGGUUUCCUAGGGAGUUUCUCUUUGCCAGUAACCACGUUUCCAUCCACAGUUU